AUGCCGCUCACACACGAUGACUACACGGUCGCGUGGGUCUGCGCGUUACCACUGGAAAUGACAGCGGCCAAGAUGAUGUUGGACAAAGUCCACCCUCCACUGUCCCAGCCCAACUCUGACCACAACGCGUACACACUUGGGAGUGUUAGUGGUCACAGCGUGGUGAUAGCCUGCCUGCCGUCGGGCGUUUACGGGACCACAUCUGCAGCAGUCGUGCUCUCCCAGAUGCUUACGACAUUCCCAGCCCUUCGAUUCGGGUUGAUGGUAGGCAUUGGUGGAUGUGUACUGAGCAAAAAUGCCGAUAUUCGCUUGGGUGACGUCGUCGUCAGCAUACCAACUGCAGUCUCCGGAGGUGUGAUCCAAUAUAACUACGGGAAGACACUUCGUGAUGGACGUUUCGAACGCACCGGGUCACUUAAUAAGCCUCCGCAACUUUUGCUGACUGUAGUUUCUCAACUGCGCAGUAAUGUCUUGGUCGAGAACGCAACACUUGAAAGAAGUGCCUCGGAGAUACUUCAGAAUCAUAAAACGCUUCGAAAGCAGUUUUCACACCCAGACGAAGACCAGCUGUUUCAGGCGAGUUAUGACCAUAAAAACGACAUGGAAAUGUGGAUCAAGGGGAGCCACACCGCGCCACCGCUCAAGUCCUUUCUCCCUCGCAGUGAGAAUGGACACGUUCUCUUUACCUCUCGCAAUCGAAAGCUAGCUGUCAAAGUGGCAUCACCGAAUGUUCUAUCUGUUCCCGAUGUGGAUGAAAAUACCGCCAUGAAAAUACUUCAAAAAUUGCUUAUCAAGGAGGGUUUACUAUUUGACAACGACAUAACUACGGCUCUUCUUGAGCAGCUUGGAUUCCUUCCCCUUGCGAUCAGCCAAGCUGCGGCCUAUAUCAAUGAAAAUCAAAUCACGUUAUCUGAUUAUCUGUCACUGUUGAAAGAACAUGAGACAAGCGCAGCCGAGCUUUUGAGUGAGGAAUUUGAAGAUGACAGAAGAUAUGAUGAAACUCCAAACCGCGUUCUUACCACUUGGCUUGUCUCUUUUCAACAAAUCCAGCAACUGGAUGAAUUGUCAGCAGACUGUCUAUCUUUCAUGGCUUGCAUUAACCCACGUGAUAUACCACAGUCAAUUCUUCCGCCUGCACCUUCCGCGAAGAAAAGGGUGGAUGCAUUGGGUCUUUUGAGCGCAUAUUCAUUUAUUAGCGAACACGUUGGUAAAGGUUCAUUCAGUCUUCAUCGACUCGUGCAUCUCGCCACACGGAAUUGGAUGAGGAAAAAUCAAGUUUUCGAUCGUUGGAAUCAAGGGCUAUGGAGGAUUUACCUGCCUCACGCGCUGUAUCUCACCAACAGCCCAGAGUUCCGUCAUAAUUACUCGGAGUAUGUUGACUUCCCUUUGAGAGUAGGAAGAUCUCUGCAGAUUGAGGGGAGAUAUGACGAGGCCAAAACUCUGUUUGUUGAAAACCUGUCUGUCCGCGAGAAAGCUCUAGGGGCAGAGCAUAUUGACAGUCUCGCCAGUGUCACCUACCUUGGUUCAGUUCUUGAGGACCAGGGUAAGUAUAAAGAGGCGGAAGCUAUGUACCGGCGAGUACUAGACGGCAGAGAGAAAGGUCUGGGGCCAGAGCAUCCGGAUACUCUUACUAGCAUUAGCCAUCUUGGUUGGGCGCUUAAAGAACAGGUCAAGUACGAAGAAGCCGAAGCUAUGCACCGGCGAGCACUUAAAGGCAGAGAGAAAGCUCUUGGGUCAGAGCAUCCUGAUACUCUCGAUAGUGUCACCUACCGACCGGAUUUCCUAUGCCAGGUCUUGGCUUUCCCGUUUCGUUUUGGUGCUCAGACUCUCGCCGCUUUUGCUCACUGA